AUGGUUUCGUUAUUCACAGUAUCUGCUCAAUUUUUCAUUCCGAAUCUAGAUAGUCAAGACAAUUUUACGUUAAUUAUUUAAAUAGUGUUAUGUGCCAUAUUUUAUAUAUUAAGAAGUACAAAAAUAAAUAAAAUACUAGCAUAAAUAUAAGAGUAAAUAUAAUUAAAUAACAUAAUAUAGAUUUUUUAAUUUGAAUGGUUCUUUAAAUGAUAUGGUUGGAUUAAUGAAAUUAUUAAUGGUAAUAAUAUUUAUAGCACAUAUUUGUGGUUGUAUUUGGCAUGGAAUUGCGCAUUAUGCAAGUAGUUAUUCAUGGCUUGAUGCUUAUAAUUUAAGAUAUAAAUCUAAUGCAACUAAAUACAAUUAUUCUAUUUAUUGGGCAACUAUGACAAUGACAACAGUAGGUUAUGGAGAUAUCACUGCUUAAAAUAAUACUGAAUUAUUGAUUAAUAAUAUCACUAUGUUUGUUGCUAGUAUUGUAUUUGCAUAUUCAGUUAACAGUAUUGGAAUAUUUGUAUCAAAUAUUUAUAAAGGUACUAUGGAAUAUAGUAGAUCAGUAACAUUGAUAAAUACAUUUAUGUCUAAAAAUAAGAUUCAAUUUGAUUUAUAGACUAGAAUUAGAAGCUAUUUAGAAUAUAUAUGGUAAGAAGAGUAAGAGAUGAAUGAUGAUGAAAUAGGUUCAAUUAUGAAAAAAUUAAGUAAACAUUUAUAAGAUGAAUUAUAAUACUAAUUAAGAGGGAAUAUAUUAAAAAAUAGUAAGGUAAUAGUGAGAUUAUUUUCUGAACAAUUUGUUAAGAUUUUAAUUUAAUCAAUGGAAGAAAUAUCAUAUUCUCCUGAAGAAAGAAUUAUCACUUGUAAUUAAAUUGAUGAUUGUUCUCUUUAUAUAAUUAGUAAAGGUGAAGUUGAAUUACUAUUUUCUGGUAAAAAUUAACUUGGUGAUAUGAUUAAAAGAAAUUCAAUAAAAUAUUUAUGUUAAGAUGAAUGUUUUGGCGAAGUUGCAUUCUUUACUGGAAAUGCCAGAACUGCAACUGCAAUAUCUAAAGGUUUUACAAAAGCAUUUAAAAUUAAAAGAGAAAAUUUUUUAGCCAUUUUAUAAUCAUUUCCAAAUGAUUAUGAGAAAUUCUGUGAUGUUAGAGAUCGAUUAGUAUAUAAUGAAUACUCUACAUUACAAUUAAAUUGUUAUAGUUGUAACAGUAAUAAACAUUUAUUAAAUUAAUGUCAUAUUUUACAUUAUUGUGCUGAUCAUGAGAAAAUCCUUAAGAAAGAACUUUACCCAGUUGAAUAAUAAAGAAAUACUAGAUUUUAUAGAUAGAUUAAUCAUAAAGAACCUUAAUCAUAAUCAAUGUAGAAGUAUUAUUCAAUAAGAGCUCAUGAUUUAAUGUAAGAUUUAAAAUAGUAAGAAAAAGGAGGAUAAGAUUUAGAUGAUGUAGAUUCACAUACUAUUCCUCUAAAUGAUACAUAUGAUGAUGAAGGUAUAUAUAUAUAUAUAAAUAUUUAUUAUUAUAGAUUAACAUUCAUCAAUCAAUUAAUAAAGAAGUCAAACAAGAACAUUAAGUAAAUUAAGUUAAAAAUAAACAUAAUAACAAGAUUUAGAUGAAGAUAGAAAUAAUUAAGGAUAUGCUAGACGACAAAGUUCUUAAAGAUAAACUAUUCAAACUGCUGGUUUUGGUGUAAAUAUUUCAAAAAACAAAGAAAGUAUAUAAUUAUUUUUAUAUUAGUAUUUUAAAAUGAUGAAUAAUUAAGUGAUUCAAACAAUUCUUCUGAAGAAAAAGACUAGGUUUUCAUUCUAAAAUAAAAAGCUAUAUCUAAGCCUAAUGAACAAAAUUAAAGAAAUUCACUAAAAAGAUAACUUUCUAGAACUGGAUCAAAUGAUGAUCAUUCAAAACCAGCUACAAAAAACUAAUCUUAUCCACCUAAACAUCAUUCUGACUUAGAAGUUAAAAUUUAGACAUAAAGAGAAUAAGGUAGAAAAAUUACUAAUAAAACUCAUAAUGAAGAUUAACCAACUAUUCUUGGUGAUAAUUUUACUCAAAAUAAUAAUAUUUCAGCACCUACUAUGUCAGUAUUAUUUUAUAAUUUUGAUAAAAUGGCCGUUUUUUAAUAUUAUUAACCUUUAAAUAAUUAUGAUUCUGUUAUUAGAAGGUAUUUUUAUUAUUUUAUCAUCAUUUUAAUAGAUAUGCCAGAGCUUAAAAAUACUUUGGAAAAAAAAGAUUAUAUCCUGAAACAUCUCUCUAUUCAUUCUAUUUUAUUGCUAUUAAAAAAGGGUGGAAAUUGAGAAAACUCGGCAAAAUUGUUCCAAAUGACAUUUCUAAACUUAUAAACAACACCAAAGUUUUAAAAAAAGUUGUUAAUAAAUUUAAAAAAGAAAAAAAGAAGGUUUUAGUUUAAAUUUAAUGA